AUGUUUAAAUCAACAUCAUCAUCAAUCUCAUCAUAUUUAUUCCCACAAUGGUUCAAAAAGAAUACAACUACAACUACAGUUGAUGAAGAUUCCAAACCGAUUCCAAAGAAUUUUACAAUUUCAAAUCAAGAUAAUAAAUUAAUUAAUGUAUCAAUGGAUAAAGAAAUUGAUGAAUUUAUUGAUAUUCAAACAAAACCUUUAAGUUAUGCAGAAGUUGCACAAUUUGGUAAAUAUAAAAAACAAUCAAUUUCAAAACCAUCUUCACCUUCAUCAUCUACUAAUUCAAAAUUUGAAAAUCUUUCAAAUUCUUUAAAAAAAAUUGAUAAUGAUAAAGAAGAAGAAUCAAAAACUAAAAAAGAUUUAUUAGAUUUAAAUCCUGAUGAAAUUCAAUAUGAACCUUUUAAAUCAGGGGAGGAAUAUGAUAGAAAUAUGAAUUAUAAAAAUAAACAAAGUAAAGCUAUUAUUAAGAAGAAAAAGUUACAUCGUGAAUAUAAAAAUAAAUCAAAUUAA